AUGGUGCACAUUGCUUCCCCCCGCCUCCCAUCUCCCCAGGCCACUGUAUCAGCCAGAGACGUGCCCGUCCUCUUCCGUGAGCCCUAUAUCCAUGCCGGCUACCGGCCAGUGGGACAGCCCCUCGUCUGCUACCUCCUCAGCCUCUUUCAGGUGCACAACGAGACCCUGAACGUGUGGAGCCACCUGUUGACCGGCGUGGCCGUGCUGCUGCGCUUCCUCUUCCGCUUGCACACCUGGGAAUCGGAGGCGGAGCCUCUGGACCUGACGGCCCUGCCCCUGUGCCUCUACCUGAGCUCCGCCCUGGCCUACCUGUCCUGCAGCGCGGCGGCCCACCUGUGCCAGUCCCACUCCGAGCUGGCGCACUACUGCCUCUUCUUCCUGGACUACGUCGGGGUUAGCGUGUACCAGUAUGGCUGUGCGCUGGCCCACUACGUCUACAGCUCCGAACCGGCAUGGCGCGACUCCGCCGUGGGCGCCCACUUCCUGCCAGCCGCCAUCUUCCUGGCCUGGCUGACGUGCGCCAGCUGCUGCUACGCCAAGAUGCGCUAUCAACGGCCGUACCCGCUGCGCCGCAAACUCUUCCAGCUCGUGCCCACCAGCCUGGCCUACCUGCUGGACGUCAGCCCCGUGGCGCACCGGCUGGCCAGCGCCAACAACGGCUCACCAACGGACGCGGACGUUGCCGGCGACCCCGCGUUGACGCUGCACGCGCUGCAGAUCGGCUUCUUCCUGCUGGCCGCGCUCUUCUUCUCCUGCCCGCUGCCCGAGUGCCUCCUGCCGGGCCGCUGUGACAUCGUGGGGCACGGGCACCAGGUCUUCCACCUCUUUCUGGCACUGUGCACACUGGUCCAGCAGGAGGCGCUGAUGAGGGACUACGUGUGGCGGCGGCGGGCGCUGGAGAAGCUGCACGGCCGGGACACGCUGCUGAUGGCCUGCCUCUCCUUCCCCACGCUGGUGAUAUGCAGCUCGCUCACCGCCUGGGCUAUGGCCCUACGUGUGAAGAGGAGACUCAGGAGAGAGAGAGUCCAGGGGCAGACGGAGGGAAGACACCGCAAGCUUACUCAACACCCGCCUCUAGGAAGGAUCGCACGUCCUUAUCCAGAUCCUUAG